GAAGGAUGUCCGUCCAGCUUCAGCACCCGGGAUACGCGGAGGAGCGUCUGCGGCUGGCGGCGGCGAGGCUGCCGUGCCGGGAGGCGCAGGCCGGCGCGCUGCUGUCGCUGCUGGGACAGCCAGAGCAAUACAGCUAUCCUUCCAUCUUCAUCUAUGGUCACCGAGCAACCGGGAAGAGUCACGUGACACAAACUCUGCUGAAAGAAUUGGAGAUGCCACAUGUAGUGGUGAGCUGUGUGGAGUGCAUCUCCGCUGGGCUGCUCUUUGAACAGGUGCUGCUCUCUUUCUUCGGCUCCUCCUCCUCCUCCUCCGAGCUGCUCCCCCGCAGCCCCUCCCUCUCCGACUUUGUCCGGGCCUACAGGCAGCUGUGCGCCCAGGUCCCGGCCACGCAGACCCGUUACAUUGUACUGGACAGGGCGGAGCUUCUUCGGGAUAUGGACUCCAACCUUCUGCCGGGGUUCCUGCGCCUGCAGGAGCUGGUGGGUGAUAACGUGACCGUGAUCUUGCUCAGCGAGAUCGUGUGGGACAAGUUCCGGCCCAACACCGGCUGCUUUGAGCCUCUGCUGCUUCACUUCCCCAACUACAGCAAAGGUAAGCUGCAGCAGAUUCUGUCUCAGGACAGUCACCCGUCGUACUCCCCCGAGCUGUACUCUGCCUACAUCAACAUCCUGCUGGGGGUCUUCUACUCUGUGUGCAGAGACCUGAGGGAGCUCAGGCACCUGGCGGCGCUCAAUUUCUCUAAAUUCUGUGAGCCCCUGGAGACUGGAGAAGCCAAAGAGAAGGACACUCACAAGCUGUGGAAGAACAUUGAGCCCCACCUGAAAAGAGCCAUGCAGACAGUCUACCUGAGAGAGGUGUCCAGUGUUCAGUGGGAGCAGCAGCAGGCAGAAGAGAGGGAGGUGGGAGCUGUUAGAGGUUUGUCCGCACACGACCACGUGGAGCUCCCUUAUUACUCCAAGUUCCUUCUGAUUGCAGCUUACCUGGCGUCCUACAACCCGGCCCGCACAGAUCGUCGCUUCUUCCUCAAGCAUCAUGGGAAAAUAAAGAAGACCAACUUCCUGAAGAAACAUGAGAAGACCAGUAAUCACCUGCUGGGACCCAAACCAUUCCCCCUGGAUCGAUUGCUGGCCAUUUUCUACAGUGUGGUGGACAGCAGAGUUGCUCCGACUGCCAGUGUCUUCUCCCAGAUUUCCUCCCUGGUCACUCUGCAGCUGUUGAGUCAAGUGAGCCACGACGACCAGCUCGACUCCCCCAAGUACAAGUGUGCCGUCUCUCUGGACUUCAUCCGGGCCAUCGCCAGGACGGUGGGCUUCGACAUUGUGCGCUACCUGUAUGACUUCCUGUGAGCCCGCCCCUGUGAAGCCGCGCC